AUGGUUGAGGCACCAUCCUUGACGAGAACCAAGUCACGGUUUGAGAGCCUACCCGUGGAAAUCAUCCAGGAGAUAUUCCUGCGUUGUCUGGAGAUUAACCUGCCCCGGGCUUCUAUUGAUAUUGCGAGAGCGCUUUCCAAUCCGGCUAUUUAUACAUGGCUUAUCCGGGUCGCGUUCAGCAGCACCGAUAAGGAAUAUGAAAAGCCCUUCCGGAGCCUGGCAUUCUUACCUUCGCAGAUUGAUACUGAGAGUCUCGGCAUUGCGCAAAGAAGGCAUCUUCGAAGUCUCAUCCUAAGAUGUCGAUGGUGUACUUUACCCCUGAUGCGCCAAUGCCAAAAGGAGUUCAUUGGAUACGUUCUCCGCUCUGCGGCACAGCAAUUCGUCUUCUCAUGCGAGGACAUCGAUCUGCUCAGAAAUAUUGAGAGUCGAUUUGGAGAUCUCGCCCGCUACGAUAGAGCGCAGGAUGGUGGCCAUCGGGGGAAAGGCGAUAUAAUCAUCCGGCCAAGGCUCCGGCAACCCCCCAGCCCGAGAUAUCGAAUAUCAGUGUGGCUUAAUCUCGGUGCGGUCCAGAUAUGCGAAAAUAAAGCGGUUGACCCAAAGGGCGGCUACCUAGAACUUCCUUUCUGCGAGGGGUCGGAGAUACCUGAUAAGCUCCUCAGUGCCCCGUGGACUGAAGCGAAACUCGAGUUUCUGGAAUUACUUUCAACCAAGGCGAUCAUUGACAUAGAUUCUUCCUAUUCUCGAGCCACUCGCGCUCUCCGCCAGGUGAUCCGCGAUCGCGACUUUGCUACCUUUGAGCGGUUGCUCGGUUUACGUGUCCGGGUUCGGUUCUACCGAUUUACGAUUCCCUGGCCGGUGCUCCGCGUGCAUUUCCAGGCGGCGUUAAAGCAUGCGGACGAGAGUGACGACCCGUUCAUUCGCUUGCUCGUCGAGAAGCGCUGGGAUCGCAUUCCUGAAAACGACUGGAAGCUCAAGGAUAAGCUAUUGAUGAAAGUUGGAAUGAAUCUCGGACGCGCUUCAUAUCGACCGUGUUAA